CGGCUGACCUUUGCCGAAAUUGAGCCUCGGCCGCCAGCCACGACGUCUUGAUCCGCCCCGCGUGUCUUAAAUAAUUCGGAGAUUCCACCAUCAACUCAGCAUCUAAGCCAUCGCCAUCUUUCACAUCCCGUUAGGGCUUGUAAUUUCCCAUCAGCCAGUCAGGCAUUACUCUAAAAUGAAGAUCGAGGGCCGAACCUUCAUCGUCUCCGGCGGCGCGUCUGGCCUUGGGAGGGCCUGCGUCGAGGAAAUCUGCAAAAAUGGAGGCAAUGCUGCCAUCUUCGACAUGAAUGAGGAGAAUGGCGAGGAGGUGGUCAAGGAGUUAUCAUCCUCUGCCAAAUUCUUUGUCUGCAACGUGCUCGAGACGGAAAGCAUUGCAAGCGCCGUCCAAGGCGCCGCGGAAUGGAGCAAACAGACGAACAAGCCCUUGGGAGGUGUCAUCCCCGCGGCCGGCGUUUCAACGCCUGCGACUAUGCUUGAUCGGCACGGAAAAGCCUUCAGUCUCGACGACUUUGACUUCGUCUUGAAUGUCAACCUGCGCGGCACCAUCGACCUUGUCCGCCAGACCCUUGAGCAUCUCGCCAAAGCUGACCCGGUCGGCCCAGACUCAGAACGCGGCGUCAUCAUCAUGGUGGCAUCGUCAGCUGCCUUUGAUGGACAAAAGGGCCAGGUGUCGUACUCUGCCAGCAAGGGCGCUGUGACGGCCAUGACGUUGCCGAUGGCGCGUGACCUAGCGCGCUAUGGCAUCCGAGUCGUGACGAUUGCGCCUAGUCUGUUUGACAGUCGGAUGACGAGCAUGAUGCCGGAGAAAGUGAAGAAGAGUCUUGAGGGUGCAAUGGAGUUCCCUAAAAGGGCGGGUCAACCGGCCGAGUUUGCCCAGUUGGUCCGACAGGGGAUUGAGAACGUCAUGUUGAAUGGGGUCGUCAUCAGACUGGAUGGCGCAAUGAGGAUGCCGAGCAAAAUCCGCGUAACUUGGAGUCGGCUAUUUCGGCUAGACACGAUGAUGGCCAUUCCGAAAACCGGGCGAUUGCUCCGGCUGGGUUAUUGUCAUCUCAGAAACUACACCAUCACCAGAUCAUUCGAUAUUCGCACCAUGGCUCCUAUCAAGGUGGCAGUCCUUGAUGACUAUCAAGGCUUCUCCGAUCCUCACUUCAACAAAUUAGACUCGGCCAAGUAUGAGGUCACCUCCAUCAAAGACACCCUCCUGCCGUACAAUCAACCCGAUACGCCACAGUCAAUCAAGGAUGCCCUGGUCAAGCGGCUCGAGCCUUUCGAGAUCAUUUGUUGUAUGCGGGAGAGAACGCCAUUCCCCGCAGAUCUGAUCGCCCAACUGCCCGCGCUCAAGCUCUUUCUUUCCACCAGCGUGCGAAACAAAGCACUCGAUUUGGAGGCAUUCAAAGAGCGUGGAAUUCCAGUUGCCGGCACCGUAGACAAGAAUCGCGCGGACACGAAGGCGGCGGGGACGGACAGCACUACGCAGCACUGCGUCACCCUGAUUCUGGCACUCACUCGAGGCAUUGCCAGAGAUGAUGCGGCCGUGAAAGAGGGUGCUUGGCAGACAGGGUUCGCCACGGGCCUCAAAGGGAAGACUUUGGGCAUUCUUGGACUCGGCCGGUUAGGUGCCAACGUCGCGAAGAUCAUGAGCACCGCGUUUGGCAUGCGUGUUAUUGCAUGGAGCACCAACCUUACCCAGGACGCUGCGGAUGAGAGGGCCAGGGAUCAAGGUCUGCCGGUGGAAGACGCAGAUGGCGAGAAGACGUUCAAGGCGGUAAGCCGAGACGAGCUCUUUGGCGCGGCCGACGUUAUUUCCGUUCACAUCGUCCUAUCAGACCGCUCUCGGGGGCUGGUCACGUCAGAAGACCUGGGCAAGAUGAAGCAGUCAUCUUUUCUCAUCAACACGUCUCGUGGCCCACUGAUUGUGGAAAGGGACCUGCUCGACCACCUCAAGGCGGGUCGAAUCCGGGGAGCUGCAUUGGAUGUUUUCAACCUGGAGCCGCUGCCGGCCGACAGCGAGUGGAGGAACAAGAACUGGGGUAAGGAUGGGUCGAGUGAGGUCUUGUUGACGCCACACACGGGCUACGUGGAAGAGGCGACGCUCGGGUCGUGGUAUGCGCAGCAGGUCGACAACAUCAACCGCUGGGAGGCCGGAGAGCCGCUGGAGACUCCCCUGAUCUAGACCCAGGCCGGGGUCAGUGCUGGCAUCGCAUUAUUUGAUAGAAAACGACUAGAUGAUGACGAGCUAGGAUCGAUAGUCUGUGAUCAAUAGUCCGAGGACCCUGGACGAAGCGGUCCGAGCCGUAUUAUCCGCUGCCCGCAAACCUCGUAACUGAUUGAAGU